AUGGGGAUCGGGGGCUUGACCAGCCUCAUCGAGGCCAACGGCCACCUGUACCAGGACGUCCAGCUCAGGGACAGCCGCCUGGUGGUGGACGGUGCUAACCUGUGCCAUCACCUGUACUUCAACUCGGGUCUGGACGGGGUCCACGGCGGAGAGUACAGCGCUUUCGCAGACCUGAUCGAGCGGUUCGUGGAGGCGCUGCGGCGCUGCGGGGUCCGGCUCUACAUGGUGCUGGACGGAGGCGCUGACAUCAGUGACAAGAAGCUGCAGACCCUGAUAAAAAGAGCCACUGAUAGAAUAAAGCAAGCUCAUGAGGCGGCACUCAGCAGAUCGGGGAAAAUCCUGCCCCCGCUGACCAGGCUGCUGUUCAGGCAGACUCUGGUCCGGCUGGAGGUCCCGGUGGUCCAGUGCUUCUCAGAGGCAGACCGGGAGGUCGCCGCCCUGGCAAGUGAGUGGCAGUGUCCGGUGCUCUCCAAAGACAGCGACUUCUACAUCUUUGACCUGCCGGCGGGGCUGCUGCCCAUCCACCAUUUCCAGUGGGAGGUGGCGGAGUGGAAAGGCUUCGUCCCCUGUAAGAUCUACACCGCCUCCAGCUUCUGCUCCAUCUACAAGAUCCAGCGCCACGUCCUGCCCGCCUUCGCCGCGCUGGCUGGGAACGAUUAUGUGAAUCUGGAGGACAUGCGGGUGUCCCUCUACCUGGGAGUCCAUAAGAAAGCAAGAUCAGCCUACCUGGAGGCACUGCUCCGCUGGCUGAGGGGCUUCCAGGGGCCCCGGGAGGCCCUGGUAGCAUCACUGAGGCUGAUGGGGGAGAUGAGCAGGCAGAAAGAGGCGGAGGUCCUGAAGAUCUUGUCUGUGGGCAUGGAGGAGUACCAGCUGCCUCCCAGCGCCCUGGGCCGGUUCUUUACUGACGGGACAGUGCCUCCCCUCCCCCCAGAGGUGCAGGGUCUGGUCCCGGACUGGAUCCGCCUGCCUUUCAUCGAGGGCCGGCUGCCCAGACAAAUCCUGGAUGUGCUGCAACUCAAGAGGAUGAACUGCGCCGCCAUGGUGGAGCACAGCAGCCUGCCCAGCGCCUACCUCGCCUCCCGGCCGAUCCGCCAGGUGAUGUACGGGCUGCUGCUGGGUGACGGCUGGCGCAUCCGUGUGGAGGAGAACGACCGGAAGGGCCUCCUGCAGACCAGCGUCAUGGUCCGGCCGGUCUGCCGAGGAGCCGCUGAGCAGUUGAGCCUGGACUCCCUGGAUAAGGCGGCGCCCUCGCAGUGUUUCCGGGUGUUCCUGGAGACCCUGGAGGUGCGCUGGGGCCUUCUUCACGGCACGCCGCCUCAGCUGCGCCUCCCGCUGGCUGUUACCUGCUACUGGAUGAAACACAGCAGCCCUCGUCCAGAGCUGAGCGUGCUGCAGGCGCUGCUGCUGGGACUGGCCACCCCGCAGACACACAGGCAGAGACCUGCCAGGAGAGCUUUCACCACACACAGGCUGGAUCAUUUUGUGACCCACUCCCUCAACCAAUGGCAGGCCUGUCUGAGGGACAGCAUUUACCUGAACCAGCUGCUGGGCCUCCCCCUGGUGGAGCCUCAGAUCUCCUGGUGA